UUCAAAUUUUGUUAAUGGCAUAUGGGUAAAUUAAUCAUCAUCACCAGAAGAAAAUUUUUGAUAAACGCGAGCCUGUCCUUUUCCUUUCGUUUUCACUCUCCUUGUUUCUCCUUCAACGCUCAGUGCUUUAUACUAUCAGUACUAGUAUCAUUACAGCCACUCUAGUACCGUGCAGACAGAGACCAACCAGCAUAGCAAGCAAUGGAAGGACAUGAUUCCGAGGAUCCCAAGCAAAGCACUGCCGACAUGACUGCUUUUGUCCAACAUCUUCUUCAGCAGAUGCAAAGUAGGUUCCAAACAAUGUCGGACUCCAUUGUUUCGAAGAUUGAUGAAAUGGGAAACCGCAUAGAUGACUUGGAGAAAAGCAUUGACGAGCUUAGAGAAGAAAUGGGAGUUGAGGGUUCUCCAUCUCCAUUGGCUCCAUCCAAGUUUAAGACAGAGGAAGGUUCUGCUUAGAAUUAGUCAAGCACGUAUUCUGUGGAAAUCCAAGGACAAGUUUAAUUUCAUGCUGACUUCUCAACAUUUAUGUUGCGAGAAAUCUAAAUUUGUGUUUUGUAUUUUGCUCCUAGCCCUGUUUGUCCUCUCGUGGUCAGUAAUAGUUACUUGUGUAGAAGAAACUUGCUUACAAGUUUGGGAUGAUGUAUGGCGAUUGAAAAUUAAUCCGCCUGUGCCUUCUAAUUUAAUAUGGUUUCAUCA